AUCCAGUCAUCUUGUCGAAUAUCGUAUCUCAGAAUUUUGUACUUUGACACCCUCGAGACGCUUUCGGUUCAGCCCUUGAUCCUGCUAACACAUGGCUUCUUUUUCGUCCACCUGAGAAUUUUGCCAAUGAAGUUGCCGGCAAACAACACAUGCGAGGUCAUUGCUACAAGUAAGCGAAAAGUGGUACCUCCAUCACGUAACUCCGUGUCUGCCCACUCCAAGAUAAACAAGGCCUUGUUUCGCAACUUUUGUCUGGAACACAAAGACGAUCUCAUCUCCUAACCCGAACUCUCUAGCACGGCUUCGGCAUCCAGAAGCUUAAUCAAAGUUAGAGGCUUUGCUUUGUGCUGUCUGCUGUAACGACCACAAAGAUGAUAACGCUUGUGUCGCGAACGGCACUUCUAGUCCGAGUGGACAGCUCCGACCGGAAAAUUGAAAAGGGGCAUUGCGGAGAUGAGGAAUGCGAACCGCAUGGUAUGCGGACCGAAAAAGUCCGUUUUCGCGAUGGUGAAGCCGAGAUCCAGACGGGCGUGCGACCCUUUAUCAGUGACGCAAGGCAACAGGCGGCAGCGAUGAUUACAUGGUGGAUCAGUGUUGAGAUUGCCGUCGCGACGAGAAAGCGUCGCUCCACUUUGUCAAGAGAGACUGGCCAGAAUGCAUGGCCAGCGGCACUCUCAAUCAAAAUGGAUCAUCAUACCGCAGUUCUUCUUAGCACCUGGCGAGGAAAACGUCUAGAUGACGAGCUUUUAGCGACGGGAGAUGCAAAACCAAGAACCAUAGUCGAAGACUCUGGCCAAUCCAGUUCAUCACCGAUAUGGGGCAUGGGACGCAUGAUACAUCAUGCAGACAUCUCGCGCAGUGCGAUACCUUUGGACGACAAUUUGUAG